AUGGUUACAUGGCAUAGAAUUCCAGAAGCGGCCCGCGUUGGCUUGUUUGGGGAUUUCUCGCCUUGCAGACAUGGACAUGAUACAUGUGCGGCCCUUAAGGCAGUAUCAUAUAACAAGCUUGCCCCACCUAUAUUUGUCUAUGGGUUUGCAGUUUGUUGCAUGCUCCAAAUAUUCAUGGGUUCAGUUGGACAUCACGCCAACACAGUUCCACGAUCUCAUAUAGCUAAUUUCCUCAAGAUCCUGGUAGCUGUUCAAGUCCUCUAUGGUGUCGCCGUCGGACUCGUCAAAAUAUCCAUCUGUCUAUUCUACAUUCGAAUAUUCUUCACGAGGAAGUUUCGCAUUGCUGGUUGGAUAUUGAUGAUAACCAUCGCUUUAUGGACUGUCGUUAUUACACUAAAUGCUCUACUGAUCUGUAGUCCUCUGGCGUACAACUGGGACAUUGGUAUCGAAGGCGGCAGGUGUGCGAACAAAACAGUUGCCUAUACCCUGAUCGGAGCUAUCGACUUAUUGACCGAUAUUGCACUCUUUGCUUUACCAGUACCCAUGAUAUACAACUUGCAUGUUUCGAGACUCAACAAGAUUGCUCUCUUUGGAGUUUUUGGACUGGGUGUUAGUACAAUGGUCUUAGCUCUCCUACGAGUAAUCACACUCCCAAAAGUCUCCUACGACGACGUCACUUACACAGCAUGCGAGCCGCUAAUAUGGAGCUUCCUCGAGCCAGCAAUCGGAGUGACCGUCGCUUGCGGACCUAUAAUGGGCCCACUUUUCAAAGCGAAUCGCUUUAUCAAAAGUCUGUCGAACAGGUCCAAAUCGAGUGGAAGAGGCGAGAGGGAUUUUGAUCGUUUGAAAGAACCUGCACAUCAAUUGGCGGUGCUGCCACCGAGGAAGACGACGACUACUACUUCGUCCGAUGAACCUAUUAUUAUUCAGUCGCCUGACUUGCUUCCUGCUCGACCUGGGGAAGAUUUGGAGGACGCGCGUGAUGGAGGUAAAUAUGUAUAA